AUGGCUCAACUGAUACUCGACACCAAAAGCCAUCGAGGACGACGACGAGGACAACCGCGACGAGUAUUUAUUCCUCUCCUAUCGCUCGUACUCGUCAUACUCUACGCGAACUACCGGGUUUUCGACGUGCUGACGCAGAUUGUAUCCUCUCCGCCGCCGGCAAAAGGGAAAACCGAUUUGGAAAAUUCAAAAACUGAUGAAACCAACGAGAACAAAACCGAAGAUGAAUCGAUGACGAUGACGAUGCCUGCGAUUGGAUUCGGCACGGCUGGGUUAGGUUUGGAGACGAAAGAGAGCGUCAAAAAAGCCUUACAAGUUGGGUACAGAAUGAUAGACACGGCGCAAGCUCCGGAGUGGUACCGGGAAGAUUUAGUUGGGUUAGCCAUAGAGGAGAGCAUAAACGUGGUGAAGAGAAAAGACGUGUUCGUGACGACGAAAAUCCAUCCUAGACAUUUAGGCAGGAAAGGGAUGGAUAUGAUUGAAACUUCGUUAACAAACUUAAGAACGACAUACGUAGAUUUAGUUUUGUUGCAUUACAGCGAGUGUUGGGGGAAUUUGUGUUCGCGAGGGGAAGUCGUUCCGGGGACGUGGAAAGAGGCGUACAGAGAGCUCGAACGGUUAGUCGUGGAGUUUAAAGUCGCGCGGUUUAUUGGCGUCUCGAAUUUCAACGCGAACGCUCUGGAAGAAUUGCACGCGUUUGCAAACGUGCAACCGUUGGUGGUGCAAAUGCGUUCCGACGUCUUCGCGCAAGAUCAGAGGACGAUGGACGUGUGCGCGAAAUACGGGUGGCGAUUCGAAGCGUAUUCCUCUUUAGGCGGUCAGUGGUGGCAGUAUAAAACCAACCCGGUGUUGAAUAACGACGUCGUGAAAAUGAUUGCUGCGAGAUAUAACGUCUCGCCUGCAUUGGUCGUCCUCAAUUACGCCAAGAACGUGUUGCAUCAAACAAUCAUCCCGCGAAGUCGAGAUCGGAAGCACAUGGAAGAUAGUUUGUUGAGGUUAGAUUCGUUCGAGUUAGACGACGAGGAAAUCGAAAGUUUGAAGGCUCUGGACGGGAAAGUACCUUCGAAAGAUUAG